CUGCUAGUACUGAUAGAUAUCUGACAUUUCAGAAGUAGCAAGAUUUACUCCAGAUUUACUCUAUUUUGUAUACAACAAAAAAACUUCUCAGAGAAAGAGAGAAUUAGUAUUUUUUUCCAUUUUUCUAUAAAUUUUCGUGAGUCUAAAAUUGUAAAUCGAAGAAAGUGACAAAUAUAAAUGAAAAAAAUGAUAAACUGAUUACAAAAAAAGUCCUUCUUGUCAACGAAAUCAUAUUGUUUUAAUUGCAUUUCUAUCAACUUUGGAGGUUAAAUUUUACUGUGAUCACAAUGACUUUCAACUUUCAGUUUGGUUUUAAUAUGUUCCCAGACAAUCCUCGACCUUUUAAUACUCAAUAUAAAUGUUUUUCCGUGUCCAUGUUACCUGGAAACGAAAGACAAGAUGUAGAACGAGGUGGAAAAAUUAUAAUGCCACCUUCAGCUCUGGACACAUUGACAAGACUGAAUAUCGUCUAUCCAAUGCUUUUUAAACUAACAAAUAAGAAAACCAACAGAAUUACACACUGUGGAGUUUUAGAGUUUGUUGCCGACGAGGGAAAAGUUUAUCUACCAUAUUGGAUGAUGCACAAUUUAUUUUUGGACGAAGGUGAAAUAAUAAACGUGGAAUUUGUUUCUCUACCUGUGGCGACAUACGCUCGCUUUCAACCACAAUCCGAAGACUUUCUAGAUAUUUCAAAUCCAAAAGCUGUUCUUGAAAAUGGACUGAGAAGUUUUGCUUGUCUAACAACUGGUGAUAUUGUUGCAAUAAAAUACAAUCAGCGAAUAUAUGAAAUGUGCGUUCUAGAGACAAAACCAGGACCGGCUGUUAGUAUUAUCGAGUGUGACAUGAAUGUUGAAUUUGCACCACCAGUUGGCUACAAGGAGCCAACAAAGCCUGUUGCAAAGGGAGAACACGAUGUUAAUCCCGAUGAUCUUAUGCCUGAGCCUUUAGGUUUCGUUGCAUUUAAGGGUCAAGGAAAUAGACUCGAUGGAAAGAAGAAGAAGAAAGAGGAUUCAAGUCCUGCCGAGCAAACGAAUGUUAAAUCGACUUACGUUCGUGGUAUUCCCGAUUACGAUUAUCAAAUAGGAACGCUCAAAUUUCUGCGAAAUUCCAAACCAAUCAAUAACAAAGAGACUAAAGACCCGAAUGAGUUUAAAGCCUUUGCAGGCGAAGGAAACCUUUUAAAAAGGUCAAAGAAGAGAUAAGAUACUAUUGUGAUUUUCAAUUUAAAUAAAUUUUAGAUAUUUUGUCUAGUUGUAAGGCUCGAUUAAUUAAAUCUACUUUAUAAUUUGAAAA